AUCUUGGACCUGAUACAAUAGCAGACGUUAGCUAUGCAGACGAUUAAGUGUGUAGUUGUUGGAGAUGGAGCCGUUGGUAAAACAUGUCUUCUAAUUUCCUAUACAACAAACAAAUUCCCAUCGGAAUAUGUACCAACAGUAUUUGAUAACUAUGCUGUAACAGUGAUGAUUGGUGGCGAGCCAUAUACUUUAGGCCUGUUUGAUACUGCAGGGCAGGAAGAUUAUGACAGAUUACGGCCCCUCAGCUAUCCACAGACAGAUGUGUUUCUGGUCUGUUUCUCAGUGGUCUCACCAUCUUCAUUUGAAAAUGUGAAAGAAAAGUGGGUACCUGAAAUCACUCACCAUUGUCCAAAGACUCCUUUUUUGCUUGUUGGGACCCAAAUUGAUCUCAGAGAUGACCCUUCAACAAUUGAGAAACUUGCCAAGAAUAAGCAGAAGCCUAUUACUCCUGAGACUGCGGAAAAACUGGCACGGGACUUGAAGGCUGUCAAAUACGUGGAAUGCUCUGCACUCACACAGAGAGGUCUGAAGAAUGUGUUUGAUGAGGCUAUCCUAGCUGCUCUCGAGCCUCCGGAAACUCAACCCAAACGGAAAUGCUGUAUAUUCUAAACAGUUUCCUCUUUUUUCCUUUCUUGUUGCUGCUUCCUCUGUCCCGAUGCUGUAGAAAGCUGGUUGCAAAACAAAUAAAACCAUCCUGACUCAAAGAAGCCGUGUCUUUUACUGAAUGUCUUAGAGCAAACUCUGUAUUAGCUUUUGGAUUGGAAACUGUUUAUACAACUUGUUAUGACUGUGGAACAUGAUCUGGACUCGCUUAAACCUUUUGCUUUUUGGGUUGAUGG